GCCUCGUGAACAAGCCGUGAAGCUAAGUGUAAACACCUCUGUUGGAAGAACACAAUAAGUGUGGACCGUAGGGAAGCAGCAGUUAAAGUUAACGUUAUAACCUGUCAAAGUCUAACUACUCCAUAUUAUUGUUCGAUCAUUCAACAUCGUCGGAUCGUUGUGUAUUCAAUAGAAAGUGAACCUUCUAAUCCAAAAAGGUAAUUUAAUUUAUGCAUACUAUAUUUAAACAGUACUACAGUCACAGUUUCAGUUACUAAAACUAAACUUAAACUAAUACUAAUAGUUAAGUUUGGCCUUGCUUUAUAUACUUUAUUUUAUUUUUAGUAUGAUUAUUAAAAAUACACAUAGUCAUAGUCACAUAGAUGGCAGACGUAGGCAUUGAAAUACCGUACUGAGACUCAAAUAGUAAUAGGCUAAGUAAUUAUUAAAUAUGGUAGGCCAGGCCUUUAAUGAUGUAAUAAUCAGCCUGGGAUGAUUUUAAUUUAGUUCAAUUUAUUAUAAUUAUAUAUUCUAUCUAACUUACCGGGUACGGUACUACGUCUACUGUCUAUAACUAUAAAUAAUAACUAACACAAGUAGCAGACGUUACAUAGCCUAGCCCAUGUCUAGUAAACUAGCAUAUAUUAUAGGGCCUAGUAGUAGAGUAGUUAGCCUGCAGUAGGGGCUUAGUAGGGCUUGUAAUUGUAGGUGUAAUUUACUGAUACUGAUUUGAAAUAUAGGAUUGAAUUUGGUACUCAUACUAAUUAAUACUAAUAAGUUUAAGCCAUAAUCCCCCUAACUAAUCCUUAUACUAAUGAUUAAUGACACUAAUGUCUAAUACACUUAUACCAAUAAUAGUAAAAUAAUAGGAAUUAUCUUUAUUUAAGCUAAGUAUUCCUAUUGUCAAUUAAUUGUGGUCUAAAAAAAAAUUAAGAUUCAUAGCAUUUUUUUUAUUUUUUAUUUCAGUUAUAAUAGUAUAAGUAUGUUAGCUAUUCUAUUUUUUUAUUUACUAGGUUAUUUUUAGCUAUUACUAUCAAAUGUUUUCUUACAAAAAAAGAUUUUAAUAAUUAAAUGCCAAAAUGGACAAUCUUGUAGGCCCAUCUAAUAAAGUGACUAGUCUAUGCCAAGUUGUUUCCUCCAUUUCUAAUAAUAUUCAUUUUAAUUUUGAGACUAUUGAGCCAAUUAUUGGCUAAGAAUCUAAGAAUGAUGUAUUGCAGACGAUAAUCUAUCAACAAAAUUUUUGUAUAAAGUUUUGGACCUAGCCUACAUACCAUAUAUGGUUUUAUUAUUUAAAAAAAACAUAUUUUCUUUCCUUUUCAGAUAAGUCACAGUGCAGGCAUAUUUCUUAGCUGAAUAGCUAUUUUAAAUUAACCCUGGAUGAAGAUAUUUUGUAGAUAAGAUGAACAGCAUCAUGAAUUUCCCAGUCUCUAUUUCUACCAAGCUGUCAGAGGAAGAGUCAUCUGAGCUUUCCAUAGCUACCCAAGACAUUGCAAGUGAUUCUGAACAAGAUAUAACGACACAAUUUAAUAGUGAUUGUACAAGGAAACUUGUGCUUAGAAGACAGUUUUCAGAAGAUGAAGGUCUUGAGAUCAAAUUUUGUGAUGGAACUGAAUUAGAGUUGGUACAAACUGUUCAAAUAUCUAGAAAUAGAAGACUUAGAACUCCUUAUGGAAGUUUAGUGAACUUGGUUUAUGAUGAUAGUGGUUUCAAUAGUUCUGACAAUGAAGAUACAGAGGAAGAAAAUACUCCUUCAGUUGCCUUCCCUGCACCUGAAAGCUCAAGUCUUAGUAUCCAAUUAAAUGAUCAGUUAAAUCCUGAGAGGGAAAUAAACUCUAAUAGUUCCUGUGAUAAAGAUGAAUCUUCAUUAGCUGUUUCUGCAUCUAUUAACACAAAUGUUAGCAUUCCACCAGAGAACCUGCUUAACAGCAGUGGUGACAUAAUUGUUGACCCGACGAUAUCAGCAGAAACUUCAGUAACUCAAUAUUCAGGUUUUUCUCAAGCAAGACAGAGGGUGGCAAGGCGACACCGAAGCAUAGAUUCAAAUAAUAAUGACACUGCUGACACCAGUCUUCAUUCAUAUCUUUUAAAGGCACCCUUCAAGCUGAAUGAAUGCUUUCACGAUAAAGGGUUUUUCUGUCUAGUAACUUGUAUCAUGUACACUCUGUUUUUGGUCUUUGUGCUGGGCGCUGCUGGAUUAUUAACAGAUUGUUUAAAAUAUGGUGAGUUCAGUUACGGUACCAUAAAUGUAUCAUUAGAAUUAAGAAUUCAUGUAGUAUAGUGUACCGGUAACUCAAUUUCAUAAAGUAAUAUUUUGUUUAUAUGGAGAGGUCUAACUAAAGUAAGCCUAAAAUAAUGUAUUGCAUAAGCUUCAUUAAAUGGUGGAAAGAUAAUCCUCCUGAUAAUACUGAUAUCAAGAUGAAAAAUUAAUUUUUAAAUUGUACUUUUUAUUGCUCUUAAUCUUAUUUUUUUUUAAAAUAUCUUUUUUUUAAUAAUUUAAAAAUUCAGUUGUCUUUCUUGAGGUUGAUUUUAUACUUUGAACAUGCAUUUCCUUCAUUACUUCAUUUUAAUUUAAUUUACUUUUCUCCUCUACUUUUAGCUUUAGACAAAGAUGAUGUGAAAGAAAUGAGAUCAAGUUUUUUAAGUGCUAGGCAACGGCGUACAGGGGCUAAUUCUGGAUAAGUUUGAACAACCAGUACUUUCACCUGCAUGCACCCCCAAGGAUAAGUGUACAUCAUGGUGUUCUAGCAAUGUGGAUCAAAAAACAAAAUAUACUUAAGUCAUAUUUUGCACUCUAGUUCAAUUUACAGAACUAUGAAUCUUAAAUGCAAAUAGAUCUAUAGCUGCAAAGAUGUAUGAUUUUGAUGGCAUGUGCAAUGACAGAGUUUGAUAAAAGUGAUCUUAGUAAAUAAAUGUGAUUGACAAUCACAAGGCUAAUUCUCUGCCUGUAUUUAAUUGAUGAUAUUACAAAUUGCUUAAACCCCAUCAAAGUGGCAUUUGUUAUAUUUUCAUUCUAACCAAUUUGAGCUUUUUAACUGUCAUCAUUGCAUUAACAUUAUUAGGUACCGGUAGCUAAUUAAAAGGUUUAUUCCUAAAUUUUUGUUUUAAAUAAUUCCAAAACACUGCUGAAUUUUUUAAAAAGUAUCUUUCACUGCAGUAUUAGAAUAGUAUUAUGAACACUAAGUGGUUGGCUAUGUAAUUGGACAACAGCUAUUCUUGACUUUCUUUGUUCAUGGUUAAGAAUUAAAUAAUAGUGGUUUUGGGGGGGGGGGGUUGAUUUGAAAGAAUAAUUAAUGGCCAGUUUAAUACUGCAGUAUUAGAAUAGUAUUAUGAACACUAAGUGGUUGGCUAUGUAAUUGGACAACAGCUAUUCUUGACUUUCUUUGUUCAUGGUUAAGAAUUAAAUAAUAGUGGUUUUGGGGGGGGGGGGGUUGAUUUGAAAGAUAUAUUAAUGGCCAGUUUAAAUACAUAUAUUUCUUGUUUUACAUAUUACAGGCGAUGGAAUGUUUUUGUAUUAUUGUUUAUACUGUUUUAUGUAAUAUAUUAUUUGAAACUGCUGUGCAGUUGUUUAUUAUGUAUUUAAGACAAGCAAAAUACUUUUUGACAUACACUCAUGUAUGGUAAAUAAAAUUGUUUUCCAUGAAUUUCUUUUUAUGUUGACUGUUUAAUUUUAAGCUAAAAUUAAAAAUGAAUCAUCAAAAGAAAUUAUAUUUCUGUAAAAUAUUUUAUUAAG